UCCAUGUGAACAAGCUCAAUGAUUUGUGUGCUUCUGUAUGAUCACAACUACACAUCAAUAUCCCCACUAGCUUUCUCUACUCAAGAAAAAUAAUAACCCAGGCGGAGUAUUUGAAAAAUGCGGAGCAAAAAUCAAAGAAUCGCAUUUUUUUCAAAUAACUAAAGAUCGAAUCAGAUUAAAAACAAUUAUAAAACCUAAUGAAAACUUCGCUUGAAAAAAUGAGCAGCUAUUUACACAUCAAGGCUUCAACACAUGGGCUACACUAACACCCAGUGAAGUCAAAUGCGACCAUAACACUCUAAAAAAGAAAUGUUUGCUGUGCAGCCUCUUCAGAUGUCGUUUGAAAAGAUCAAUGACCAUAUAGAAAAAUUAGAAAGAGACUUCAACGACUUGCAGCAAAAAGAAAAAAGUAUGGUCGAUAUUUUAAUUAACAGCGAGCAAAAACUGAAGAAACUUCUUCAUAAAGUUAGCUAUAAGGCGCUUUAUAUGGUUCGAAUGGAGCUUCACAAGGAUGUACCAGACGUUGACGAAGGCCUUGACUGCACAUGUGAAGUUAAAACAACGUUCAACCUUCCCUGCUCUCAUACUUUAUCAACAAUGAACAAGGAGCACUUGGACAUGGAGGAUGUCGCUUCAAGAUGGUGGAUUGCUGAUGAAAUAAUAACCCAUGUUCAGGAAGAAGAAAUUUAUGUUUCGGCGCCAAAAUCAUGGAUGAAAUAUGUUGUUGCUCUAGAAGCAGCCUUCAGAAAAUGUGAAGGAACGUACGAGAUGAACUCGCUCAUAAGUUCUAUCAAAAGCAUUUUAGACAGGCAUGAUAAUGACAUGAGGGAUUUUCAUACUGUUCUGGAACAAAGCAACGUUCGUUUACCUAAAGCUUCGGAAGUCAAGUAUCCUGGAAGGCCAAAGAAAACCACUAGAUAUUUGCCCCUACGAAAAGAUUUUGCGAAGGCAGCCUCAAAAGAAAGUAUCUAAGACUUGAAAAAAUAUGUGGUUGAAGGAGAAGUAAGAGCAGGUAUAAUGAAACCUAACAACGCCAUAUCAGAAAAUCAACGUUGAAAAAGCUAUAGUUGAAAACGAAGAUUGCACUAUAGUAGAUUUAGUCAAAGAGACGAAUACACUAGAAAAGCUUCAGGAAUUAACUGUCAAUAAAAGAAAAACGAUCGAUUCUGAAGAUAUUUAUACCUAUGGCGAGCUCUUCAAGCCUAAAAAGCGAAGCAGAACUACAGAAGCAACCAGCUGCAUUUUUGGCCUCCAUAAAAGCAUCCCUUUGACUGAGGCAAAAGAGACGUUCGAUCCGAAAGGCGACGACUUUUGUAGAUUUAGAGCAGCUGCAUACCUUCUGAAAUAUGUGACUUAAGCAUAACAGUUACACAAGUCUGUACCUUUUUUUUAUAUAAAGAUUCUUCAUGCUCCUCUGUUUUUUUUUCUUUGUGGGUUCACAAAUCAGAG